AUGAACGACAUUGAGGCAGAAAAAACUCGUUUAAAGCUGGAAGAUGCUGCCACGACGUCACUCGGUCUCCUAGCAACAGGAAACAUCUGCCUCCGCCCGGACCAAUCGGAGGGCGGGAACCGGAGCCUCCUGUUGCUGCAGAUCUGGGAUCCUCUCAGUCCGUCUGUCCGACCGAACCGAACCGAACCGAGCCGAGCCGAGCCGAGCUGGAGGACGCUGGAGAGGAGCACCGGCAGCAGGACUCACCGGGAAUCUACCGGGAUUUACCGACACACGUCCGCCGAGUCUCUGAACGUCGACGCUUCAUCGUCAUCAGCAGCAGAAAACAAACAAUCAACAACGUCGAAAGUUGCUUAUUUCAAGAGGAAAUAUGCGGAAGAGGAGGAUCUGCAGGGAGGAAUACCAGGAUAUCUACAAAAACACUUGAUCCUCCAGGAGGACCGGAGCUGCAUCCUGAAGCUGUCGCUGGAGAAGUUGAGGUUUCUGGAGGAUCCGGAGGUUUACCUGCGACGCUCCGUCCUCAUCAACAACCUGCUGAGGAAGAUCCACCACGAGGAAGAGGAGCUGGAGGCCGACGAUGAAGAGGAGGAGGAGGAGGAAGGCCAGAGGAGGCCCAUGAACCCGGACGGGAAGCGGGUCAAGGUUCUGGUGACGGACUGCUGCUCUCCGGCCUUUGGUCUGGAGGAUCUGCAGCGGUACCGGCUGGUUCCCUGCUACCAGUACCACCAGUACCACCAGUACCACCAGUACCACCAGUACCACCAGUACCACCAGUACCAGGACCACCCGGUGCUGCUGUACCACCUGGACGACCACGGCUGAGCCUCGGUUCCUCGCCGGUUUCUCAGAGGUCCAGUCAGGAGCUGCUUCCCUCCUGGUUUCCCUUCACGGGUCGGAGGCUCUGGUUCUGCUCGGGACCAGCGGGUCCACGUGGAACCGUGCAGGAGGUGGACUGAGGCUCGGUUCUGUCUGGGUUCUGCUGUUGUGUUGUUGUUGCUCUGGAAGCUCAUUCAGGGAUCUACAGACUUGUGGAGAACGUUCUGCUUCUGUUCUGCAGCUGCUCUCUGGGUUCUCACUUGUUCUCCUGAACUUUCUCUGGACUUUUUCCAGCUGUGAAGAUCUUCAGGACCGUUUUUUUCUGUUUUUACCCUGCAGCUAGUUGCUGACCUCUGCUGGUCAAAUCAAUGAAAACAGAAACUCAGCAUUCAGGAGCAAUAUGCAUUUAAUACGCAGCUUAGAGUGGAAGAACCGCAGAUCCAGCAUCAGCCACAACAUUAGAAGCAACAUUAGAACCAACAUUAGAACCAACAUCAGCCCAACAUUAGAACCAACGUUAGAACCAACAUCAGCCACAACAUCAGAACCAACGUUAGGACCAACAUUAGAACCAACAUUAGGACCAACAUUAGAACCAACAUCAGCCCAACAUUAGAACCAACAUUAGGACCAACAUUAGAACCAACGUUAGAACCAACAUCAGCCACAACAUCAGAACCAACGUUAGGACCAACAUUAGAACCAACAUUAGAACCAACAUUAGGACCAACAUUAGAACCAACAUCAGCCCAACAUUAGAACCAACAUUAGGACCAACAUUAGAACCAACAUCAGCCCAACAUUAGAACCAACGUUAGAACCAAUAUUAGGACCAACAUUAGAACCAACAUCAGCCACAACAUCAGAACCAACGUUAGAACCAACAUUAGGACCAUUGACAGGAAACAGCCUGAAGAUGAUUUAACUACAGGUUCUGUUUCGUAAAACAUUUGUUCUAUCUGUGAAAAUGCAAAAACUGGAGAUUUCACAGGAGUUUUUUAUUACAUCUGGACCACUUUAGACCAGGUCCAGAUCAAAAACCUGUGAGUUUAGGUGGGUCUAAUGUGGAAUAGAUUGUCAUGCAAAGGCUAAAGACCCUUUAAAACAUCAUUUUUGGUGAGGAAAGCCAUUAUUUUUAUGUUAGAAUGUAAAAACAUGAAGAUUACAUCCAUCUAUGUUCAACCAAUGAUCAAAAUAAUGAUACUUUACUCGUCUUAAACAUCUGAAAUUGUCCAAACAGGACAAAGGAGGAAACUUAAAAUCCUGAAUUCUGAGUUAAUUUAAUUUAACUACCAAAGUGUGAUAAGAACGCGGGGCUGCACAGUGGUGUAGUGGUUAGCACUUUCACCUUGCAGCUAGAAGAUCCCUGGUUCGCGUCCCGGCUUUCCCGGGAUCUUUCUGCAUGGAGUUUGCAUGUUCUCCCUGUGCAUGCGUGGGUUUUCUCCGGGUACUCCGGCUUCCUCCCACAGUCCAAAAAUAUGCUGAGGUUAACUGAUUAUUCUAAAUUGCCCGUAGGUGUGAAUGUGAGAGUGAUUGUUUGUCUCUGUAUGUAGCCCUGUGACAGACUGGUGACCUGUCUAGGGUGUCCCCUGCCUUCACCUGAGUCAGCUGGGAUAGACUCCAGCCCCCCCAUGACCCUAGUGAGGAUUAAGAGGUGUAUAGAUAAUGGAUGGAGUGUGAUAAGAACCAAAACACAGAAUAUCAUGUAAAUAUUUACAAAAGUGAUGACAAAGAAAUAUUAAAUAUAUCAAACUAAAAUAAAAAACAGCCUAAUUUUCAUAUUUUUUGCGCAACACAUUGCUAUUAUUUCAUUUAAUUGCAAAUUGUUGGUAUUUUUUGUGCAAAUUGAGUCUCAGAUGUCUCAAAUCCAGCAAAAAAAAUUAAAAAUAAAGUAAAUUUCACACAAUAUUAAGUUGAUGCAACAUUAUUACGUCAACACAACCCUUUAUAACAAUGUUUGCAGCUUAAAUAGUUGAUCUAAAACAUUAAAUUAGCAUUUUUAAAAUGUGGAAUCCCGUAUUUCAUUAAAUUAUGUGAGUGAAGAAGUCUGAUACUGAUUUGUCAUGAAAUGAUUUGCAGAGAAAAUGAAACUAACACAAACUGCGACACAAAUUUUACUGAAAUUCUCUAUUUAUGUUUUACAUGUUUAAUUAGAAGAGAACGUUCCAACAUUUAUCCUUCAGCGUUCACUACUGGCGACAUUCAACCAACCAAUUUAUUUUAUCAGUUUUAAAAACAAAUCAAUACAGAUAAUUAUAAAUAAACUGAAUAUAACGCCUGAUAAUGGCAAUACAGUAGCUUGUUGUUGUGAUAAUAUGAAUGAUUGUCUUUAAUAUUCACCGAUGUUCCGUCUGCUCCUUUCUAAAGUGCAGAUUAAAUGUCGAAUUAUUGCUUUUAAUGCUGAAAGUUUUCAUCUUUCUGUUUCCCCUGGUUUGUUUUUCUGUGUUUUCUAGAAAAGAAAACAUUUAAAAUGUGACUCAUGGAGGUUUUAAAGCUGAAUUUCAGGAUGCAGACGCCUUUAAAUGAAAACAAUUCAUAUUUUCUGAGAUAUUUUAGGAUUCUUCAUCUUUUCUGUCUGUUUCUGUGUUUUCAGUGUUUUGCAGUCUUUGUCCAGGAAAAUGUUUGAAAAUGUUGAUAACAAUCACUACGAUGGGGAAAAAAAAAAACACAAACUAAAGGCAACUAUUAAAGAGAAUCUUGAUAUUUUAAAUUAAGAAUUUAUAUUUUGAUGAAAAUGAAUAUUGAAUAUUUAAGAUCAACUAUUUUAAAAAAGGCCGAUAAACUUUUUUCAGGUGAUUGAUUAUCGAAUAAAGUCUGUAAAGUGA